AUGGUGUUGCCACCUCCGGACAAACGCCACGUGUGCCUGACCACCAUCGUCAUAAUGACCAGCAUGGCCUUCAUGGACGCCUACCUGGUGGAGCAGAACCAGGGGCCCAGGAAGAUCGGCGUGUGCAUCAUCGUGCUGGUCGGGGACAUCUGCUUCCUUAUCGUGCUGCGCUACGUGGCCGUGUGGGUGGGCGCCGAGGUACGCACGGCCCGCCGCGGCUACGCCAUGAUCCUCUGGUUCCUCUACAUAUUUGUGCUGGAGAUCAAGCUCUACUUCGUCUUCCAGAACUGCAAGGCGGAUAGGAAGUCUCUGGAGACUGUGGCCCGGAAAGCCUUGACUCUGUUACUGUCCGUGUGCGUCCCAGGGCUUUACUUGGUUCUAGUGGCUCUGGACAACAUGGAGUACGUGAGGACCUUCAGGAAGAAGGAGGACAUGCGGGGGAGGCUCUUCUGGGUGGCUCUAGAUCUUCUGGAUCUUCUGGACAUCCAGGCCAACCUGUGGGAGCCUCAGCGGACCGGCCUGCCAAUCUGGGCCGAGGGACUGAUGUUUUUCUACUGCUACAUCCUCCUCCUCAUCCUGCCCUGCGUCUCGCUCAGUGAGAUCUCCAUGCAAGGGGAGCACGUGUCGCCCCAGAAGAUGAUGCUCUAUCCCAUCCUCAGCCUAGUCACCAUCAACGUGGUCACCAUCCUGAUUCGUGGGGUCAACAUGGUCCUGUUCCAGGACAGUAGAGUCUCGACCAUCUUCGUGGGCAAGAACGUGGUGGCGAUCGCUACGAAGGCGUCCACGUUCCUGGAGUACCGGCGUCAAGUGAAGGAGUUCCCCCACCCGCAGAACACCAUGGCAUUGGAGCUGCAGCAGAACUCGGUGUGCCAUGGACAUGUGCCCCACACGUCGCACUCGCAGACCCUGCCCAACUCCACCAACCUGCCCCACGAACCCUCGCCAGCUCGCGACAUAGACACAUGACCGCCAGACACAUGAGUCACUCCACCGUUGUGAUCAGUGACUAACCAAAACCCUAAGUUCUGGCUGGACUUGUUCUAUCUAUCCAGCCGUGGAGAUGUUGGUGUUAAGAGAGAAAUGGGUUUCAAGACAGGAUUGUGUUGUCCUUCCUGUCAUACAACUGUGAACAACUGUGGAUAUAACAACGAGAGGGAUAUUUAUAGCCUAGACUGUCUGUUGGAGAAGGAGAAAGAUUCACCUUCUUAAUUCUGACAAGAAGGAACUGACAUGGUUUUUAUUGAAUUGUGUAUCGAAUUGUGUUUUUAAAUUAACCGUUUUAAAACUUUAUUAAUAAUAUCGGACAAUCUCCAUAUUCUGCAGCUCAGUGAUGUACGUAUGUUGUGUAACAGUAAAUUGGAAAAUGUGUUCCUCCCUGAAUAUAUAUAUAUAUAUAUGGGAUUUUUUUCAAAUGCCCCUUUUUCGACCGUCCAUUGCGUGGCUUUUAUUCUUUGUUGUCCUUAGAAACGGAGGUACACCCCUCGCUCUGAAGAAGCACUUGAGUUGAAGUGGAGAAAGAGAGGAUGGAGAGAACGGGAAGGAGAAAGGGGUCAAUAAGAAGGUUUGUUUGAGCCGCGGUGGGGGAUGGGUGCCAAUGGAAGAGUGAAAUUCAGCCUCUGCUUAGUUCUGCUGAGAAAGGAGCCUGCUGCCUCUGUCAGUGUGAUGUUUUAUGACCAAAUGUCUGAUAAAAGACACAGAGCUCAGCACUAUACACUCCACUCAAGG